AUGCGUGGAAAAGUAGCCUUUGAAGAGGCGUUUGCCCUGCCCCGUCUACAUGAAAAGACUCGAUGGUGGGCGUCACUCUUCGCCGUCGAUCCCGACAAGCAUGCCCACGAGAUGACAGAUGUUACGGAGACGCGAAUCCAAAAUAUGGACAAAUACGGCGUUGGAUAUACUAUCCUGUCCUAUACCGCCCCUGGUGUCCAGGAUAUUUGGGACGCCGCCGAGGCGCGCGCCCUGACAACAGAAAUCAACGAUUAUAUUGCCGCUACCAUCAAGCCUCACCCGGACAGGCUCGGCGCCUUUGCAACUCUGUCUAUGCAUGAUCCAGCCGAAGCCGCGGCUGAGCUGAAGCGCUGCGUGACUGAGCUUGGAUUCAAAGGAGCCCUGGUCAACGACACCCAGCGCGCCGGACCCGACGGCGACGACAUGAUCUUCUACGACGGCCCAGAAUGGGAUAUUUUCUGGUCCACCGUGACAGAUCUAGACGUUCCCUUCUAUCUCCACCCACGCAACCCAACCGGCACAAUCUACGAAAAGCUCUGGGCGAAGCGCAAGUGGCUCAUCGGCCCGCCUCUGAGCUUUGCCCAGGGAGUCAGCCUUCACCUGCUGGGCAUGGUCACAAACGGCGUCUUCGAUCGCCAUCCCAAGCUGCAGGUCGUCAUCGGUCAUCUGGGCGAGCACCUGCCUUUUGAUCUGUGGCGCAUCAACCACUGGUUCGAGGACGUCAAGAAGCCCCUCGGCCUGGACUGCAAAAAGACUAUCCGCGAAUACUUUGCUCAGAAUAUCUGGAUUACAACAAGUGGUCACUUUUCCACGCCUACUCUCGAGUAUUGCAUCACGGAAAUGGGCGCCGAUCGCAUCAUGUUCUCUAUUGACUAUCCAUUCGAGUCAUUUGGAGAUGCGUGCAACUGGUACGACAAGGUCGAGCUGAAGGAUGCGUCUCAUGUCGAAAAAAUUGGCCGUGAAAACGCCAAGAAGCUAUUUAAGCUGGGCGCCUUCAAAGAUGCAGAGGCAUAA